CAAAUCUUUUAUAACCCAAACUGAAAAAUGAAACCGAAUUUCUAAGGGAUCAAUAACACUAAAUUCCAUAAAUGACUAUUAAACCCCUGGAUUUCAAAUAGGGACUCUGGUUUCUCCCCUUAUAAAGGCGCCAAAAACCCUAAAUCACGCUUCAAAAAUCAACCAUUUGCAGCUUAAAUUCGGCCGCCGAAAAUUUACCUGAUUGAACUAUAGUUUUAAAUUGUCAGGGUUUUUUUCCUGUGUUAAUUCCUCUAUUGAUCCGUAUAAAUAUGGAAGCAGAAUAUUAUACAUUUGGACCGUAUAAAAUACACGAGAAGGAGGUCUUUUACACUUCCCAAUUGUCCUAUGCUCUCGUUAAUCUCAGGCCUCUUUUACCUGGUCAUGUGCUUGUAUGUCCAAGGCGUGAAGUCAAGCGCUUUGUAGAUCUUACUGUUGAAGAAACCAGUGACCUAUGGCUUACUGCUCAAAAAGUGGGUGCUCGACUCGAGGCUCACUAUAAUGCAUCUUCACUCACUUUUGCAGUUCAAGAUGGACCACAAGCAGGACAAACAGUCCCACACAUGCACGUACAUAUCCUUCCCAGGAAGGGUGGGGACUUCGAAAAAAAUGAUGAAAUUUAUGAUGCUAUAGAUAUGAAAGAGAAGGAAUUGAAGAACAAGCUUGAUUUGGACAAAGACAGAAAGGAUCGAAGUUUGGAGGAAAUGGCCCAGGAAGCUGAUGAACUAAGAAAGCUUUUCUUGUAAGUUCCUACCAAAUUGUUCCUGUUAUAAGAUCUAACACUCAUUCGACUACUCUCCAAAGAGUUGUUUGCUUUGUGGAAUUUAAUAUUUUGCAUGGAUCAAUGGUUGUAAUCUCCAGCUAUGCAACCACAUAAUUCAAUUGUAAAAUGGAGGUGAGAUGACUUAUUGUUCUUCAAAUGAUUGCGCAUAUAUUUAUUCCAGUUUCCUAGUUUGUUCUU